AUGGCGACUAACGACGCCAAAAUACAAGAACUCCAGUCAAAGCCACGCGCAGAACUUACAGAAUACGAGAUCAACGUCCUCGAGACCCACGAGUUCACCGCUGGUCCCUUAUCCCUCCUCCAGACCGCCGUGCGCAAUCAUACUCAAGUCCUGAUCUCGUGCCGCAACAACCGAAAACUGCUCGCCCGGGUGAAAGCCUUCGACCGACACUGCAAUAUGGUACUGGAGAAUGUGAAGGAGAUGUGGACGGAGACGCCGCGAUUAAGCGAUGGGAAGAAAGGACGGCCGAUCAACAAGGACAGGUUUAUUAGUAAAAUGUUCUUGAGAGGGGACAGUGUGAUUUUGGUGCUGUUGAGCUGA